AGCGAAACAAAGAAGAAAGAAAAGAAAAGAGAAAAGGACAGAAACAAACAGACGCAGAGCGCGGAACCAAAUGAAAUGAUUGAGAAGAGAGCGAAGAAAAAAAACAGAGCCAAACCAAACCCCACCGUCCCCGAAACGGUUCGUUUUGCCCUUCUUCGGAACCCUGCCUUCCGCGCCGCUGCUGCUGCUCCGGUCGCCGUCGGCGAUUCUCCGGUAACCGAACACCACCGAUCCGUCAGGAGCCUCGGAUCUCGGAUCUGAGCGAAACGAAUCGAAACGAAACGAAACGAUGCCGUCUCAUGCGGAUCUGGACCGGCAGAUCGAGCAUCUGAUGGAGUGCAAGCCUCUGCCGGAAGCCGAUGUGAAGGCGCUGUGCGAUCAGGCGAGAGCGAUUCUCGUGGAGGAGUGGAACGUUCAGCCGGUGAAGUGCCCCGUCACCAUCUGCGGCGACAUUCACGGCCAGUUCUACGAUCUCAUCGAGCUCUUUCGGAUAGGAGGAAACGCUCCCGAUACUAAUUACCUCUUUAUGGGCGAUUAUGUAGAUCGUGGGUACUAUUCAGUGGAGACUGUCACGCUUUUGGUGGCCUUGAAAGUUCGUUAUAGAGAUAGAAUUACAAUCCUUAGGGGAAAUCAUGAGAGCCGUCAAAUCACUCAAGUGUAUGGCUUCUACGAUGAAUGCUUGAGAAAGUAUGGAAAUGCCAAUGUCUGGAAAUUCUUUACCGAUUUGUUUGAUUAUUUACCUCUGACCGCCCUUAUUGAGAGUCAGAUUUUCUGUUUGCAUGGAGGUCUCUCACCAUCUUUGGAUACACUUGAUAAUAUCCGUGCCUUGGAUCGCAUACAGGAGGUUCCACACGAAGGACCAAUGUGUGACCUCUUGUGGUCUGAUCCAGAUGAUCGCUGUGGUUGGGGAAUAUCUCCACGUGGUGCUGGAUAUACAUUUGGACAGGAUAUAGCUGCUCAGUUCAAUCAUACCAAUGGUCUAUCCUUGAUAUCUAGAGCUCACCAGCUUGUCAUGGAAGGAUUCAAUUGGUGCCAGGACAAGAAUGUGGUGACUGUUUUUAGUGCACCCAAUUACUGUUACCGAUGUGGGAACAUGGCUGCCAUACUAGAAAUUGGAGAGAAUAUGGAUCAGAAUUUUCUGCAGUUUGAUCCAGCUCCCCGACAAAUUGAGCCCGACACCACACGAAAGACACCAGAUUAUUUUUUGUAACUUCAUAUAACCCUUUGUUUGUAAGCUACUGCUUUAUGCUGUUACUGUAGAUGUGUCUUUAAGGAGAGAAGAGUUUCACUGUUUAAGUGGGACGGUUAUCAUCAACAUAAUUCUUUCUUUUGGAGUUUGUCUGCUGUUGCUGCUGCUGCCGUCUUAUUUGGACAAGAAACAAAUAGAAAUUGACACAAUUGGUGUUUGUAUAUUUUUGAUAGGAGGAAGCGGCAAUAACAUGAUAUAUCAUGUGCUGUAAUUUUUUCUUAAAUUAAAUCUCAAGUUAGAGAGCAGAUUUUUGAGUUCUGACCAUCAUGUUCAUUUGAGACUGUUGAUGGUGACAGAUGCAGGUGUUGAUUUUUUUCUUCUUUUUCUUAUUUUAUUAUCGAAUGAUAUGA